AGAGACGUAGGAAGUGCCAGUUGAGUAGUAAGUGGAUGCAGAGAGGAGCAGUGAGAAAAUUCAAAGGGCGACAUAUAAAAAAAUGUUGUACUGCGCUGCACUCCCAAUGUACGACCAUCGGGUGGCGUAGUGGUUACGGGUAUAAACGUGCAACCCGGACGUCUCCUGCUCGACUACCACUCCGGCUGCGGCUCACGCGUACUGUACCGUGCUCCUCACUGCGCAUGCGCGGGACUGGACGCGCACCUCCGUUGAAAAGGGCCAUUCUGGCGGAGCGACCUUAUGUGCGCUCGGCGGGAGAAGCCGCUCCAGCAACUCGCACGAAAGGACUCGUCACCCCCGGCGGCUCCCGGCCUUCCUGCUGCGAGCAUGUUUGCGUGCCAAGGAGCCCUGGCCAGGCUGGCGUGUUCCCGGGACACUCCGGUGCUCGAGGGAGAGCCCGCGGGCAGAAGAAGAAGCUGAAGCCCGACUGCUGGUGGUGGCUGGUCUUCAAACUUAGUGCCCCGCGAGGACGGCGGGCGGCAGCGCGCGCGCGUCGCCUCUGCUCUGAAACCCGCGCCGUGGUCUGUUGCUGCUGCUGCGCUGGACAGGCGCCGCCGGGCGGGUGCGUGACAAGUGGGGCUUACACUUUUUACAGAACUUGGAGAGCCUGAGGCGCUGCCGCGACCGAAGUGAUUCUGUGAGUUCUGAAUCAUUUCGUUUGUGCUGCAGCUGAGCUCAGCUUCCCUGGCUUGACAGCUGGGUGGACGGCAACUUGAGAGAGCCGCAAGUCUCGAGAGUGUCGACGAGUCUCGUGCCUCCAGACCAGCGUGCACGCACUUGACUUGUCUUUGCCCGGCGGUCUUCGCGCCAGUUCUCCCGCUCCACGUGCAGGCACUGAAGCCGAACCGGACUCGCUGCAGCGUUUGCCGACUCGCUCGCGCUCCUCCUCGCACAUGUGGCACAUGUUGUCACCUGGACUAGAGUCCCCCGUUCGCCGUGUCCCGCUCCGUCCUUCCGCUCCAUCCAUGCGAGGCAGCGCGCGCUCCACCACCAGGUUGGCUCGUGCGGACUGAAACAAAAAGGACCUCCGCGAUGCGCGCCGUCCGCGUCCCCGCGUCCCUCUCCGUGGCCGUGACUCUGCUCCUGGCCACCAUCGCCACCGUCGACGUGAAUGCGAGUGGGGAGUACUGCCACGGGUGGCGCGACGCGCAGGGCGCCUGGCGCGAGGGCUUCCAGUGCCCCGAGCGCUUCGACGGCCACGAGGCCAUCAUCUGCUGCGGGAAGUGCGAGCUGCGCUACUGCUGCGCGAGCAGCGACGCGCGCCUCGACCAGGGCGCUUGCGACAACGACAGGCAGCUUCCCGAGCAGGGCGGCGGGGGGGUCGGCGGCGGCGGAGGCGCCAAGGAGGAGAAGGACGGCGCCGCAGUGCCCAUUUACGUCCCAUUUCUCAUCGUGGGCACAGUGUUUGUGGCCUUCGUGCUCGUCGGCUCCGCCGUGGCCGUGUGCUGCUGCCGUUGCCUGCGGCCCAAGCACGAGCCGUCGGCGGCAGCACGUGGUGGGGGCCGACUGCUGGAGACGAUUCCCAUGAUGCCGAGCGGCAGCGCAUCCCGCGGUUCUUCGUCCCGCCAGUCCAGCACAGCCGCCAGCUCCAGCUCCUCCGCCCAGUCUGCACCGCGACCACCGCCCCAGCAGCCAGUGCUGCGUACCGCACCUGCUGUCUACACCAGCGUUCCCCCUGGCUUUUCUCUGGUCGGUUGUCCUCAGGGCGCCCCUAUGCUCGCUGCCCCUACGCAGUUCCUGCACCCCCAGUACAUCGGGUACGCCGUCCAGCACGAGCCUCUGGCAGUUACCCCGGCUCCACCCUUCUUGGAUGCUGCCCCGGGAGGAUACCGUCCUCUUCAGUCACCCUUCCCCCCAGUUUCCAGCAUAGCAAGCGAGCAGACGACCCCAGCAGUGACUGUGUAAAUGCUUGACCCUGCGUGCGUGCGUGCGUGCGUGCGUGCGUGCGUGCGUGUAUGGGAGUACGCAUGUGUAAAAGUUAUUGUUUGUGGUGCUAGCUUCGAUAUGGGGAUUCUGGGAUUGUGGGACUCCAUUCUCUAUGGACUCCCGCUUGUCCUCCUCGAACCAUGGAGAGGACUUUGCUGUAGCCUUGGGACCCGAGUUCUCGCUACACUGUGGAUCGAGGUGCAGAAACCGCUGUAUAUUUGUAUAUAUUGACUUGUGCACACAGACUGAACACAAUGGUCCAUUAACGCUAGGCUGACGCAUGAUGUUCGUGUGCAUGCGAAUGCGUGUGUGUGUGUGGGUGUGUGUACACGUGCUUGUUGUCCACCGUGUGAGUGUAGGAGCAGUGUGUGUAAUGUUUUAUGCAGGUGCUGUAAUGUUGGGGAAAACAGCAGCUCAGAUCCCAGCGGGACUGUAAAACUGUAAUGAAGUGAACAUGGGACAGACUGUGACGCUCCGCCCCCACCCUCUGUGGGAUCCCUUCCACUGAGCUGGAACACACACACCCACACACGUUCUAUGUAUACGAGAUCAAGGGAUCAAGGUGAUUUCUCACAAGUACAAGUGUUUUCUCUCUGCUUUACCUGAGACAUAAGAUUUUUGUCUGUGUGUAUCAGGGCUGUUGUGUGAUUGCUGUAAGAGUGCGCUAGAGUGUGUGUGUGUGUGUGUGUGUGUGUGUGUGUGUGUGUGUGUGUAUGGUCUAAGUCUUGUGUGUUUCAGUGUCUGUCAGCUCAUCUCCGUGGAGCUCGAGUCUGCAGUCUUCUGAGGGCUGGAGAGUUAAUUAUGGAGUAACUAGAGUCUGCCAACGUUUCCCUCUCCUGGGCUCCUCUGCUGACAACCCUUGUGUGUGUGUGCGUGUGUAUUUUGGCCUUGGUAACAAACCUUGCCUGGAAAACCUGUGCUACACUGCAUGUAUGUCUGAGAAAGUGUGUUUCUAAAAGAGGUUUUGGUGGAGGACUAAUGGAUUGCUGAUGAAAUGUUGAACAAAAUACCCUUACAUCUGUGGGACGGAUUUAAACAAGCCAUUUCACUCUGGUAAACAUACAGUGUACUAUGUGGUAUAAUGUACGGUGUACUGUAUAGGGACACUGCCCCUUCCACUGAGCACUAUGUUGGUCCAAGCCUUCAUCUGAGCAUCCAGCCUUACAUCCAACUGGUACGAAACCCUAACCCACUCGUACCCCACUCUAAAACACCUGUUUGAACCGAACUGAACCACUCUGUCUGCUGGGGACAUCUGGGCAAAACAAUCGUAAAGUUUACCUGCAUGGCGAGAAGACUUUUCCACACUGUACUGUGCUCAGUGCCCUUCUCCAUAAUAAACAUGCAGCUGUGUGAACAUCC